UGGCUUUUGUCGGCUCCCCUCCCCCUCCUUUCUCUCCCUCCUGCCGUCCGCUCCGCAGCAGCAGCAACAGCAGCAGGACGGAGGUGCUUCAGUUUUUGAAGCCGUGGCAUGAAUGAUCUCAUCUGAACCUGAUCUCCGCUUUCUCUGCCGUCGAUCCUAUGACCGAGACGGGAAUAAAAUAACACGAACACGAGGAGUCUUGCUUCAGACUGGCCUAAAAUGGGCAGAAAUGGUGCUGAACAAAAGCUGCUUGUCGCUCGUACAAAAGUACUUGAAGCGUUGCAGCCGGGACCAAGCUGCAUUACUAUUGCCUGUGCCUCUCAACAGGAAAGCAGAGCGACAUCAUGUUCCCGAAGGGCACCAAGCGCAAGUUUUCAGACUCUGGAGAGGAUCCAGUCUGCAGUGGUGUUCAGGGCCCCUCGGCUUCAUCUGCUGCAGCUCGAACGCUAUCGUCGUCUUACAGUCUGCAGCGGCAGUCGCUGCUUGACAUGUCGCUGAUCAAGCUGCAGCUUUGCCACAUGCUGGUGGAGCCCAACCUGUGCCGUUCGGUGCUCAUAGCCAACACGGUGCGGCAGAUCCAGGAGGAGAUGACCCAGGACGGUACCUGGCAGAUAAUGACCCAGGCACUGGCAGCCGCCCAGUGCCCUGCCGACCGCCUGGUGGCCACUGAAGUGCUGUGCAGACAGACUGAUGCAGCAGCGCAGGCUGGGCAGAGCCCGAAACCUUUUUCGGUGUCUGAUCUUGAGGAGGGCUAUCACUCGGAGGAGGUGGUAAUGGAUGGAGAUGUGGAGACAGAGGUCACUAUGUCUUCUUUGUCACCAGUCUCGCCUCAGCUGUCUUCGGCCUCUUACCUGGCAGGCCCUUUUGGGGUGGCGCCCUGCUGGGAGGAAGAAGAGGAAGAAGGUGACUGCGAAGAGGAUGAAGAGGAGGACAGUGAGGAGUGUGUGUCCGAAGGAGAGGAGGGCGAGCAAGACCACCUAAGAGCAGACUCCAGGACAGGGGAGCAGGUUUUUGGGACUUUUGAGAUCAAGCACCCAGCACCGCCCCCUGACCCUGCACUUGAGGAACUGUUUUCAGACGUAGACCCCUCCUACUAUGAUCUCGACACAGUGCUGACGGGCAUGCAGAGCACCCCGAAAAUGGGGCCGUAUGAUCUGCUGGAGAGCCUGUCCUCUCACGGGCCAACAACCCUGACCUCCAGCUCCAGCUGCAGGUCUGACCUGAACGAACUGGACCACAUCAUGGAGAUCAUUGUGGGAUCAUGAAAUGCCAAACAUGGUGCUCAUCCCGCAGACUCAUUCCAGACUAUGCACAGAGCACGUGCAUGUUUGUGGUGAUGUUACAGAUUCAUACAGGUUUUGGGAUCAAGGUGGGAGACUAAUCAUAAAGAAGGUGGACUUUUAGACUGUAAUUGGUAGAAAUACAGACGAAGAAAUGAAUGACUUUGGGCUUUUAUUAACCCAUAUGACCAGUGAGCAAAGUUAGUGUCCUACUUUGUUGAGAAAGUCCAAAACUUGCUGAUAUCUGUGAAAAGGCAAAGAUAAUUACUUAUACCGCAAUGCAUUCUGAAUUUCUGUUGUUUCCAUGUUUCUGUCUGUCACACAUUCUGUCAUUCUAGCUCCUUCUGGUCCUAUUAUGCCUUUCACGUCCAGUUCUAUUAAUUGUUACAUGGACCAAGGAACAGCUCACCACACUACAUGCACCGAAACAGAACAAAUUGUAAAUCCAAAUCUAUGAAUCGAUGCAUAUUUUCCUAGAGAUUUGAGCAGUUAUGAAUGGAAUAUAUGUAAAUGUACGUAUGUGUAUAUAGAAAUAUAUUUUUUUGCAUUAUGCGGCUUGGGGAUUUUGCGAGCAUCAUUUGAUAUAAUUAUUUUGUCUCCCAAGCGGUUUUUAAGGUUUUAAAUGUAGCCAGACUCGAGACAUUGUCUUCCCAUGGUUUGGUGGAAUAAGUGGACUGUAAGAGGUAGAAGGCCUGGCAUUGUCACCCUUCAAGGUGCUGUUCUUUCUCUUCUGCUGCAGCUUUACUGCAGAGCAGGAACUCACUUCCAGCCACUAACCCAAUGUGGUUCAGGAUUUUUCAGUUUACAGUAUCCAAGUGACAAAUGAAGUAGUUUGGCUGCUCUGCUUUCAAGACAGAUCCAAUAAUGGUAAGAAGCAGCUUCUCUUUUCCUAAAGCAUCUGGGGACCCCCCGCCAGGGUGAAACUGCAUCAAGAAGCCAUAUUUCUUUUUCUCGUUUGUUGCUACAAAUGAAGAAUCCUCUGUAUUAACCCAUCUAAUUUAUUGUUUAUUUAUUGUAUUUAUUUUAUCUAGGUACAGACAUGCCAUAUUGACGUAUCAAUUCAACCAUGAGGCCCGGUGAAAUUAUACUUAUCAAAAUUUUGCCUGGUUUUAAAUGCAGUACCUAUUUAUUCCUCAUUUUUAGGACUAUUAAAAAAAACAACAAUAACCGGGUUAAUAAUAAAGUUACUAUGCAGCUCUGUCAUAUGUGUUUCAUAAGGACUGUAUACUAACCAAAGGUCCUUAAAUUCCAUUAUGCAAACACUUGUCUUUCUCCAAAUCUGUAGAAAAUGAAAAACGUUUUUUUUUCCUAAAUUGCUUCUUAUGGUGAAUAAAACAUGAACUCAGGCAAAUGAAAUGUAUUGCUUAAAAUACAGUAUUACAACACGCUGAAUACCUUACCACAACACUCCUGAAGGAUGUCACUCUAGUCUGAAUAGGAGCUAGAACUUCAAAGACUUAAUUAUCUUUGUAAAAUGUAUGCAUUUUUAUAUCGAAAAACAUUGUAGCAUCUUUGUACAUAUUUUUUAUAAUAAAAGGUGCAACUAUU